AUGGUUGACCGGCCCAACAAACCCACCGCCCUGGCCACCACGCCCGGCCUCCCGCCCCAGGCCACCGUCUCCAUCACCCACGGCAACUCGCGCGUCGAGGCAACCCUGCCCACUGGCGAGUCCGUCGAGAUCCUCCUCCACGGCGCCACCGUGAUCUCCUGGAAGUCCGCUACCGGCGCCGACCGCCUCUGGCUCUCCUCCUCCUCCGUCCUCGACGGCUCCCGCCCCGUCCGCGGCGGCAUUCCCCUCGUCUUCCCCGUCUUCGGCGCCCCCUCAGACGCUCACCCGCCCACCGCCUCCCUCUCCCAGCAUGGCUUCGCCCGCAGCUCGCGCUGGGAGUUCCUCGGCAAGUCUACGAGCGAAGGCUCCGCCGGCUCCGAGUCCUCCGUCAAGCUCGACUUCGGCCUGUCGUCGGCCAACCUCGACGAAGAGACCAAGGCCAAGUGGGGGUACAAGUUCGGCGCCAUCUACAGCGUCUCGCUCGACCGCGACACGCUGUCUACCUCCAUGGUCAUCACGAACGAGGGUGACGAGGCGUUUGACUGCCAAACCCUGAUGCACACCUACCUGCGCGUCAAUGACAUCACAAAAGUCACAGUUCAGGGCCUCGACGGUGCCCCCUACAUCGACAAGGUUGACGCUUGUGCCGCCAAGACGCAAUCCGGCGACGUCACCAUCACCUCCGAGACGGACCGCAUCUACACGCCCACUGGCGGCCCCAAGGCCCCCGUCGUCGUCCUGGAGGACGGCGAGCCCCUCUACUCUAUCGUCCGCGACAAUCUUGACGACGUCGUUGUCUGGAACCCCUGGGUCGAGAAGGCCGCCAGCAUCGGUGACUUCUCCCCGGACGACGGCUACAAGAACAUGAUCUGCGUCGAACCCGGUGCCGUCAAGGGCUGGCAGAAGCUCGAGCCCGGCGAUGCGUUUGAGGGUGCGCAGGUCAUCUCGGUGAAUUGA